AUGAAGACCUAUUUGAACAUCAAGGAAGCAGGGCUUAGUUCAAGCCCAAUUCCCGGUACAUCUUUGGACGAGAAUUGGGAAAACGUCGGUCCAAAUAUUGAACGAUUUGAACGCCAGUCUGAAGACAGUCCCAUUCGCGGCCCGAUACGUCGUCGUCGUGUUCUCUCUUCAGAAUCCUCGUCGUCCUCGGAAAACGAAUCACAGAGUGAAACCUCAGCAGAUGAUGGUAACGACGACGAAUGGAAAAAAAUCAUGUGGUCAGCUGAGAGUAGACCUAAAGCUGAAGACUACGAUCGGAUACCACUGAAAGCGAAAGAUUUCUUUCCAAGCAGGACAGCGCCGAUCGUAUAUUUUUCCGGAUUUUUUUCAGGCGAGGUAAUCAGUCAUAUAGUUGAGCAAACGAACUUAUAUGCAGCCCAGAAAAAGAGUAUGAAGUGGGAACCAGUGACGAGUGCUGAUAUAAAAGCCUUUAUUGGAAUGAUUAUAAUUAUGGGCCUCCAUGUUUUACCCUCCAUCGAUUUAUACUGGUCUAGUGACCCGUUGUUUAGAGUAAAUGAGGUGGCAGAAAUAAUGACCUGUAAAAGGUUUAAAAAAAUAUUGGAAAACCUUCAUCUUAAUGAUAAUUCCCAAAUCCCUUCUAAAUCAAAUCCAGACUACGACAAACUAUAUAAAGUUCGCCCGUUACUGGAAAUGCUGAACACAGCUUGCAAAAAUGAAGCUAGAACAUCCACAUCACAAAGUAUUGACGAGGCAAUGAUUAGAUUCAAAGGAAUUUCGUCUUUGAAGCAGUAUAUGCCAGCAAAACCCAUAAAGAGAGGUUUUAAAGUUUGGGUUAGGGCAGAUAGCUCUACCGGAUACGUCUAUGAAUUUCAAAUUUAUACAGGCAAAAAUGACGACAGUAUACCUGAGUUCGGUCUAGGUUCAAAUGUGGUAAAAUCUUUGUCAAAAAGCCUGAUAGAAGAAGAGGUUACUGUUCAUUUAGCAUUUGAUAACUUCUUUGCUUCGUAUCCACUAAUGCAAUACCUUUAUGAAAAAGGGAUUUACUCCACAGCAGCAGUAAAUUUGAACAGAGCGGAUUUACCAAAGUUUAUGAAACCCAUCAAAAAUGAUAAAAAAAAAGAAAAAGAACGGAAAGAGAAACUAAAACUUACAAGAGGACAUUAUAUAUGGAGUAAAAAAUGA